CCCCCCAGCAGGCACCCAGGGGCCCCAGGGCGGAGGGGCCGGGACCUAGAAAGAUCUGAGGAGCUGGGCAGAGGCCCACACCCGCACAGACAUGGGGUCCCUUCGGCUUCUCUGCCUGGCCAUGCUGGCCGCCAGCGGCUCCCCCACGGUGCAGGAAGGAGGUGUGGGGAGAGAGAGAGAGAGAGCGAGCAAGCUUGCAGGAAGUGACCCGAUGAGGCUGGUGUCCCCGGUGAUGGCAGACCCUCCCGCCCCUCCCCACCAGCCAUCAGGAGAGCGAGGAGCAAGCAGGACAGCCGGGGCCCCAAGGAGGACUGUAAGAACCAUAAUCCGAGAAAUGGCCCCGGAGACCUCCAUUGCCUACAAAGUCCUGGAAGUUUACCCCAGAAGGCGCCUGGUCGUCAUCACCUGCCACUCACCGCAGGCGCCCCUGCCCGUCACCUACUCCCUCUGGGGGAGCCAGGACACCCUGGUGACCAAGAAGGUGGUGAGGACCCCCGCGCCGGCCUCCUUCACCAUCAACGUCACACUCAAGUCCAGCCCGGACCUGCUCACCUACUCCUGCCAGGCGGCCUCCAGCUCGGGCGCCCACGCGGCCAGCGCCAGAUUACACAUGUACUGGGAGCUGUGGGCCAAGCCAGUGUCGCAGCUGCAGGCCUCCUUCAUCCUGCAGGACCAGGGGUCAGGCCCUGAGGUGCAGGUGUCCUGCCAGGCGUCCUCAGGCAGCCCUCCCAUCUCCUACAGCCUGGUAGGGAGGGACGGGCACGUCCGCUUGCGGCAGACGCCACUCCCCGGGCGGCCUGCCAACUUCUCCAUCCCGCUGUCCCGGACGCCAGGCUGGCUCCAGUGCCGGGCCGAGAACGAGGUCGGAGCCCAGAGCAGUUCCUUCACGCUGCUGCCACCAGGGGAGCUGCCCGAGGGACCCGCCUUGGUGCUGGCCGGCAGCCUCACGGUCAUUUCAGCUAUCACCUCUGGGAUGCUGGGCUGGAACAUGCGGACCAGGCUGUGAUCCGGGACGUGGCUUGGCUCCGAGUUUUCUUGGCUGCCCUAGAGAGAGACCCGCGGCGGAAUGAAGACAGACGAAGGUCGUGGCGGUGGGGGGGUGGGGGAGUGGGCCAUGCAGGUCAGGGGACAGGAAGUAGUGGACGUGUCAGAGGAGCAGGCCCCACUGGAAAGGACGCGCGGGACACUGGUGAUGGAACCGACCUGCACGUGGGACUGUUAGCUGCUCUGACGCAAGAAUGCGGCAGCUAUGAGAGCCCUGCACCUGCUCUCGCUGUCUCUGUGUACCCCUAACACUCACAAUAAAAUCCAUCUAAAAAAGGG